CUCAUAAUGUAAACCAUGAAAAAAUAGACGCAACAACGCGUAUUUCUGGUCCAUUAAUUUUCCAGUGGAAUUAAAAAAAAAAGACAUAGCCAAAGGAUGCUUUUAAGCAAUUCUCUUUUUUCGUUAUGAUGACUCCCCGAUUAAAAAAAAAGUUACAAAAAAUCUUCUCCCAAGAAAGAAAAGCGCCAGCCAUAUAAUGCUCUUAUUUCAUUUCACUCAGCGUGCCUGCAAGUCAAACCUUUAUUAACCUUUAACCUUUUAUUAUUGCGCACAAAUUGCAUCGGAAAGAGCGCGGUUGUUAAUACAGUUAACGACCAACCAAAUCCUCGCUCCUUUGCAAAAAAAAAAGGCCCUUUUAUGUCUUUUGUGCGUUAAAUUGCUGGCAAUCAUCCUAAUGUCUGUUCCUAAAUUAAAUGUAACACACGAAUGCACCUAUUUUGAAAACGUUUAAUUUAGCUUCUAAAUUGUGCGUAUUUUUAGUGAACAACGUCAAUGUAUCGGGGCUCGCGUUUGCGUCGUAUUAUUUUUUUUUUCUUUAUGGCAAUAAUUAUUUGUCACCUAAGUUUGACAUCGUCCAACACGCUUGUCAUAAUUCGGCAACUGUUGAAAUCCUCUUCCGUUCAGUUCAAACCGAAAAUUGUUAUUAAAACAUUUUGUGUUUUGAUUGAAUUUGGGCGAGUAGAGUUAUUGCUACGGACGCGUCUCGUUUUCAAAUAACAGACGAGCAAAUGUGUUUCUCAGCGUUUCUCAGUGUCACACGAUGAAAAUCCCUAUGGCAUAUUGCAACGCUGUCAUUUUUUAUUUUUUAGUUGUUUUUUUUGUUUUUGCAGUUCUUUGCGAGAUAUGCAAAUCCGCACGCGCGCGCCCUCCUAUUUUUGUCCCCCCGAAAGGGAGGCAGGCCACGCAGCGUAACUCUCUUCUUUGCAGCCCUCCACCUCUCUCUGCACCUUGGAAAGCGUUUGCGUGGAGGAAUAAGAAGCUGCGUGCGAGUUGCACUUCCUGUAAAGUCACAACUCCAUCCCACCAGUGAGGGGAGAGGUACAGUGCACGAAGGGGAGGGUGUGCAGUUGCGCACAUGCCUUGUCUUUCUACCAGACUUCUAGACAAACGCAGUUUUGCUUCGCCACACAACAGGAUCGCCGUCAACGUUCUUAAAGCCGGGAAAGGAGCUGUCAAGACCGCUUGAAAAAAAAACACACCAAAAAAAAAAGGCCGGCGAGGAGCGUUUCUUGCGAGCACCGGAUGAUAAAAGCUCUGCUGGCCGCCCAUCGACAACUUGUCCCCGGCUUGACUGCUGCCGCUGCUCGCCGGGAGGCUCCGGGGGAUUCAUGUACUGGAAAAAUGAAGUUUUGUCCCCUCUGUCAGAGGGCAACACGGUUCUGUCCACCACGAAGCAGAUGCUGAAGAUGUCCGUUUGGCUGUAGGUGAUCUGCAGUGAACGUCAGAGUGCUGCGGGCUGCAGCGUGGACUCCAAACACACGCAAAUGUCUCAGUCGGACGCGGAGUCUCAGCGGUCCAACAUGGAGCGGGAGGACACACGCUCGUCCCCGAGCACGCCUUCCACGCCCUCCGUGUGCUCUCCCACCUCCACCGCCAGCUCGGUUCCGUCCACGGGGAAGAACGUGUGCGCUAGUUGCGGCCUGGAAAUACUGGACCGAUACUUGCUGAAGGUGAACAACCUGAUCUGGCACGUGCGCUGCCUGGAAUGUUCGGUGUGCCGGACGUCGUUACGUCAGCACAGUAGCUGCUACAUCAAAAACAAGGAGAUCUUCUGUAAAAUGGAUUAUUUCAGUAGGUUUGGUACUAAGUGUGCCCGCUGCGGGCGUCAGAUCUACGCCAGCGACUGGGUGCGGCGCGCCAGAGGCAACGCGUACCACUUGGCGUGCUUCGCGUGCUACUCGUGUAAGAGGCAGUUGUCCACGGGGGAGGAGUUUGGCCUGGUGGAGGAAAAGGUGCUGUGCAGGAUCCACUACGACACCAUGGUGGAGAACCUCAAGCGAGCGGCGGAAAGCGGCAAUGGUAUCACAUUAGAGGGAGCGGUUCCGACAGAACAAGACAAUCAGCCCAAACCGGCCAAAAGGGCACGGACGUCUUUCACUGCUGAACAGCUACAGAUCAUGCAGGCCCAGUUUGCCCAGGACAACAACCCGGAUGCUCAGACGUUACAAAAACUUGCCGACAUGACGGGUCUCAGCAGGCGAGUUAUACAGGUGUGGUUUCAAAACUGCAGAGCAAGACACAAAAAGCACACGCCCCAGCACAGCGGGGGCCCCCAGGGUCACCCCCAGUCCAGGAUACCCUCGUCCUUGCCAGAUGACCUUCACUACUCUCCCUUCGGCAGCCCCGACAGGGCGCGCAUGGUCGCCCUACACGGAUACAUCGACAGUCACCCUUUCUCCGUGUUGACCUCCCAGAGUCUCCCCCACCAGGCCAUGUCGCUGCCUCAGCUGCCCCUCAGCCGCUAGCAUGCCGCCACUACUGCGACUUUUUAGGACCUGCCUCAAACCUCUUCGCCCCCGACACUUGACCUCCAAUCACUCACACCCGAUCGGCAACCAUCAGGUUGAGCCAGAGUCGGAUCGGAGGAGAGAGAAAAAAAAACACCUUUUAGUGCGCUGAAUAGGAAUAUUCUGCCUCGUUGUGUAUGAUGUCAUUGGUCAUACGCACGCCCGUGUAACAGGAAUUGUUCCGACUUGGGAGGAGUCUGGAAGGCUGGAAGUGACUCAAGGAGAUGGACCGAAGCCUCUGGAGGCCUGCAAAUGAAUGGGAGAGGGUGGGGGGGGGGUUGUCACAGGGGCUCAGUGGUGGAGCUCAAACUGUGGUCAGGAAGACCUUGGAAGUCCACCCAAAUGAAAUUCACUCGCCCGACAUAAUGACUCACGGCGACAAAACGCUGUUGUGUUGGAAGGCCUCAUUUCCAAUUGCUGAAUACGUCAAUGGUUUCAAUGCCUAAAAAUGAAGGACCGCAAAGCACAACGUCGGAGGAUUUUGUCCAUUUCAGGGUUCUUUAAACAGACUGCAGACUGGUCAAACUAAUAUUCCGGGAAGAAAAAAAAGGAAUAAAAAUAA